AUGGAUUUCGAGCUUCGAAGGAAGAUGGAGAUCAAAGGAGUUUCAGUACCUGGAGGGGUUGAUCAAGAGCUUUUGUUCAACAGAAACCUAUCAAGAAACCCCUCAGUGGGUUGCUCUUCUAGGAUUUAUUACUGCAGAAGCAGUGAAGGGGUUCCAUUCCAUUGGGAAAUGCAGCCAGGGACACCAAGAAACCCCCCAAAAGAAGAAGCAAUUCCACCAAUAAGUCCUCCCCCAGCUGCGCUCAGCUUAGGGCUGCCCAAACCCUACAUGGAUCAACAGCCAAACAAAAGGCCUCCAACAAGUCCACUACCCAGGCUCAAGUUUUGGAGAAAAAGUAAGAAAAACAAACAACGUAAGAACAAUGUUCAUGACAACGUUAAUUAUGUGGUUGGAGGGUCAGAUAAGUUUGAUAAGGUGGAGUUUUGUAGCUCUGACACUGAGUUCAUGGCAUCAACUUCGCCUCUGAACUCGAGCUCUUCGUCUUCGUCCUCCUUCUCGAAAGGUCGGCUUUCGAGGCAGUGCUCGAGUUUGCAGAGCACUCAGGCAAGCGAGUCUUUCAGCAGUUCUGGUCAUUUCAGCUGCAGUCCUUGGAAGUUUAGCUCUGUCCUUAUUAGCAUUGCAAGGCGAGUUUGA